CGUACGCACGUCUCUGCAAGAGGUGGACAGGCGGCGGAAGAACGGAUAUCCUUGGCGACAGCAAUUGCCUAGAGUUCCUUACGCUGAAAGAUAAAGAUGGCUCCGGCGAUUAGAGGUAGUAUGAAAAACAUAUUUCACAAGGUGCAGUUCACUAAAACCGACCAUCCGCCGUAUAUGAAGAAGCUGAAGAAACUGAGCGAGAAGACUGAUUUAGAUACGUUCUGGGAGCAUUUCGUCUGGUGUUUGAAAGCACCUCUUUCGACACCGCAGCAGCAUCCGUAUGUUGUAAACACAUUAGAGUUCUGUGCGAAAUUCUGUAUGAGCUUCUAUCCAUCCCUGGACAGUGAAGCCACAGAGCCUAUCUCGCCAUUUCUCAGCAAGUUAUUCAAUUUUCUCUUGUUGAGUCACAAUGCCAAGGAUAAAGGAGUGAGGUUUCGCAUAUGCCAUUUUCUAAACAUGCUCUUAAACUCCAUGGGCGAUCACGCUUUUAUCGAUGACAAACUGUGCGACCAAAUUACAGUCAGUAUGAUGGACAGAUUGUUGGAUAAGUCACCUAAGGUCCGAGCACAAGCUGUUUUUGCCUUGUACAGAUUGCAGGAUCCAUCGGAUCCGCAAUGUCCUGUGAUAAAGAUGUACCUUUUUCAUCUAUCGAAAGAUCCGAAUGCUGAAGUUCGUAAAGCAGUGCUCACUACUAUGGGUAAAAAUCAGAAGACCUUACAAGCUGCACUGACAAGAACACGAGAUAUCAAUGACUCUGUGCGCAAGAAAGCAUACGAGUUUAUAAGUAAAGUCACAGUGCGUUCCUUGACUAUUGAACAAAGAGAGAAUUUAUUGAAAGACGGUCUCAAAGAUAGAUCUGAGGAUGUUAGAAAAUGCGUAAACAAUGUUCUGUUGCCAUCGUGGCUAAGAUAUUUCAAGGGAGAGUACAUGAGCCUUAUUCAUGCCCUGGAUGCUGGAAUAGGAACCGAGUCAGCAACUUUAGCUUUACAGGUACUGUUCAGAAGCGCUGAUUUAAAUAAUUUAUUGGAGCAAGUGCCAAUAGAUAAAAAUACAAGAUUGAUUCCAUUGACAAAGUUAAUAAAUGAGAAUGCCUUAUAUUGGAAGUGUAUAAUACAGCAUCUCCAACAUCAUUGCUGUACGGAAGAGUUGGAGUUAAUAAUUCCCGAGUUGUCAGAAUUUUGCAAAUAUAUCUGCGACUUUAUUUCUUUUAUAUCUUCUCAGCCGCAUGAAUUAUGGGAGAAGGAGAAUCACAUGUUUAUUCUACUACAACUUUUUGAAAUAUCUACAACGUACGAUCUCUCGGACGAAGUAGGCAGGAAAAAUCUGCACGAAGUGAUAAUAAACACUUUAAUGAGCGAUCAUUGUUCCACUAAAAUAAUUCAGUGUCUAGUGAGUCAUUUGACAAAAGUGAUACCAGACGCCAGUAGUAUGCUGACUGCUGUUGCUAAUAUUAUUAGCGAGAUUAGGCUACCUUUGAAAGAAAAUGUAGCCACUCAGCAAAUUACCGCGGAGCAGCAACAUGAAAACAACAUGCGAAAAGCUAGAUUGAAAGUUGAAGUGAUGGAGCUCGAAGAGGAAUUGUAUCAAGCGAUCAAGGAGCAGAAAUUUUUAGAAGCUGACGGUUUUAAAGAAAAGAUUAAUAGUUUGAAAGAAGAGAUAUGUCGUUUAUCUAAAGCUCUGCCUGAAUUAACAAUACCUGAAGAUAAUAUGCGGGAAGAGAAAAAUGAUACCGUGACUAUGGUGAAAUGCCUCGAUAUCUUGUAUGUUGCGAUGCAAUCCGUUCGCGUAUUAACACCUACGCUCAGAAGUUUGAUGUGUUUUGUAUUAAGUAGUCUUGAUCAUUCUCACGAUAGUGUACAUAUAUUAGCGCUAAAAACGUUAGCCGUUUAUUGUCUCUUAGACAAAGAGUUGACUAAGAAACACGUAAUGAUAUUCUUUUAUCAAUUUUCUCUCGAACAAGAGAAUCAAGAGAUCUGGAUAGUUUCUCUAAAAGCAAUAUUUGAUCUCCUACUUAUGUACGGUUUGGAAUAUUUUGACAUAUUGCAACCAUCGGAAGAAAAUUCCAUGCAGAGUAGAUCUGAAAAGACCCGAUCGCUUUAUGCACACGAGGAUAGUAGUAUUGAUAUAAGUAAACGGUGUCAAGUGGAAGAAGGCCCUUGCAAUUUCAUUAAAAUCUUAACAGGAUUACUCACCAACGGGAAUCAAGAUUUACGCACUACUGCAGCGGAAGGGCUCUGUAAAUUAUUGCUUAAUCAACGAAUCAAUAGCAGUAAUCUUAUAUCGCGCUUGAUAAUUAUGUGCUACAAUCCAGUGAACGCCGAUGAUGUCUAUCUUCGUCAGUGUUUAAGCACCUUUUUUGACUGCUUUGUGACACGAGUACCCAAUGCACAAGAAAUGCUUGAGGGCGCAUACUUGCCGACACUACAAGUUCUUUGUAACGCGCCGGAUAUUAGUCCUCUGCAGGAGAUUAAUGCCUAUCACAUAUCUAGGUUUAUACUGAGCUUAACUAGACGAGGAUGUCAGAAGACCAAUGGACAAACAUUUUAUACGCACAACAAUCUUGCGUUUGCUAUGCUGGCUGAGAUUUUAAAUCCAGAGAGCAAGAUAGACCAAGAAAUUCUUAUAAAAUCUUUAACACAUCUAUACAUCCAAAUCGAGGACGGUUUGUCAAAACAGAAUCUGCAAAAAGCCAUCAAGAAUGUUACGAAUAUGGUUGUGAGUUCUGACACACGAUUGUUGAAAUAUGUUGAGCAAUUCAAACAAAAAUUAGAAAUGCCUUCCGAAGGAACCGAAGUUGAUACGAAGGAUGAAGAUGAAAGCGAAUAGUAAACAAUGUAUCAGUUAUAAAUUUUUAACUUGUUUGUAAAGUUUUUUCUCCAACCAA